GAAAAAAAGUUCAGAAAUUUGGGAUUAUAUUUUGAUAAUGAGCAGGCGAGCUUUAAGCGGUCUUACCCCAUUCGUACAAAGAAAGCAAGAUGGCGGUGUAUUUGAGCGAUGACCCAGCGUCUAAAGAUAGAUGGGUGACGGUCUAUCCCGCGUAUUUGAACAGUAGACGAACGGUGUGUCAAGGUCGACGUGUACCAAAGGCGAAGGCUGUUGAUAAUCCUACUGUAACAGAAAUUCGUGAUAUUUGCACAAGUCAAAAUUUAUCCUGUGAAUUAGAGAACAAUAAAUUUUAUCCCAAAGAAAGUGCAAAGGAUGUAGUUUGUAAAGGAAGAGUAAGAAUUCAACUUAAGAAUUCUGAUGGUACACCAGUUAAUGCUGAUAUUCCCAACAGGAAAGCCUUGUUUUGUUUUCUUGGUGAGAUGAUCCCAAAGCUGAAAACAAGGCAAACUAAAACUGGCCAAUCAGAUGGCAAUUCCAGUCAACAGCAGGCUGCUGCCAGCAAGAAAAAGAAGGGCAAGAAAGCCAAGGGCAAAUAAAUCAAACUAGCUUAUUUAGGGUCAUCCAACAAUUCAGGAACAAUGUUUUGCUCUAAGUGUUAUAACCCUUAGCUGAACCGUUUUACAGAGUUGCCCCUUUCUGAUGUAGAAAAGGUUGUCCUCCUUAAAAGAAAUUUUCAAUGUUCCAAAUGUGACUCAUUUAGAUUCACCUCUAAAGAAAAAGUUGCUGGAUUUUUUAUUUGCCUUGCUCCACAAGCAGUCCACUGUAAAUUUCUGCAAUGCACCUGAAAUACUACACAUGCAGAAAGCAAAUAUAUAAAGAGUCACAUGACAUUUUGAACAUUGGAAAUGUCUGUAGCCAGUAUUGUGAAAAUGAGAGGCUUGAUUGCCCCUUCAGAAGACUAUAAUAUAAUAAAAUGUUGUUUAUUUAACAAGGGCGAGGGUAGCAUUUUUACAAUACUUUUCAUUCGAGUCGAACCCCUACAGUAGUUGAGUGUUACCUACAUACAUAAUCUGAUUUAAAAAAUGCACACACAAAUUUGUCUUUUGUUUGAUUUUAAAUGAAUGACAUACCAAUGGUUAAUGGUUAGCUAAUAUUACAAAUAACGAACCUAUUUUACUAUGACACACAAACUCAUUGCAGUAAAAAAAAUUGUUCUUUGACAUCUACUCAUAAUUUAUGUAAUAUAUAAUUGCUGGACCUAAACAGAACAUUGAAUAAAAUAAAUUAUAAUGGAA